AUGCCUCUAUUGAAAAGAAAAGCCUUUGAGAAAUCGUCGGCGUCGGGGUACUUGCGCGACGACGAUGAAGUUUUCCACUGUGAGAUCACCGACGAGAUUUUCAAAGAUUAUGAGGAGUAUUGUGAAAGAAUUAUUCUCGUCAAUUCAAUGGUGUGGAGCUGUGAGAUGACUGGAAAGAAUAAUUUGACAUAUGCAGAGGCUCUAGAGAGUGAGAAGGCUGCAAGGAAGUCACUGAGGGACUUUCCAAUGGAGCUCCGUAUUCCCAUUCUGUACCUUGCAACAAAAACCAAUAGGAGUUCCUUUGCUGAGAUGUCAGAAGAUGUGUUUAACUAUGUGAGGGAGAGAUAUUUUGUUGGGGAGACUGUAGAGGCUUGUUUAGAAGGUGACAACUGGCGUGAAGCACAUAUUUUGUCUGUCACUUCUCAAAAACAACUCCCUGACAGUAAAACAAUGUUACCACCAUCUGCAUACUGCUAUGAAGUAGAGCAAUAUGAUGAAACUGAUUCUGCGGCCACUGGUCAAAUAGGAACAGCACCAUAUGAACGUAUAAGACGACGCAAAGGGAUAUACUCAAGAGAUAAAAACCGUCUCUUUCUUAAACAGUUUGUAGAAAUGGGCCCAGUUAUUUCUAUUAAGGCAUCAGCUAUAGAAAAAUACAACAUCAACAAAGUCCACUUUGACCAAAUAUUCACUGGCAGUCCUCCUAGUUUUCCCUCAUCAAAGAAGCUGCUAAUGUCACCACCAGCAUCAAGAAGUUUUUCAAAACCAGGAUCAGCUUCCAAACUCAAGUCUAUGAAGAGCCCACAUAAGGGACGCCAAGAAUCCAUGGACAAAUUUAUUAAGAAAACUGAUAAAACAGAAGCGUCAGUCACUAAAUCAAAACCGUCAAAUCCAGAUGCACGAAAGAGCGCCCAAGAGCUUGCGCAGAAAAUGCGCCAGGCCGAAGAACAGCUUCGUCAACGAAAGGAAGACGAAAAAGCUAGGAAAAAGGAGAAAAUGGCUCGCGUUAUGGCUUAUAUGAAAGAGUGGCAUAAGGUCAAAGAUGAUCUGGAGCUCGAAGAUCACAAGGUAUUACCAACGGGGACUCCAGUGAUAAUAGAAGGAAUUGAACAGAAACACAUCGGUGACUUUCUGUCUGUAUUGGAUUUUGUUCACAGCUACUCUGAAGUGCUUAAAACUAAAGACGUAUUUCAUAACGAACUCGACUGGGAGACAUUUCGUAAGGCCUUAACUGUCAAGGAGUCAGCUGGAUUAUUCAGUGACCUGAUACAAAUGUUUCUGAGUGCUAUAUUCUCCUUACAAGAAGAUGAAGCUGAAGAAUAUAAUGAAAAAGGCAGUAUUCAGGAAUCAAAAGCUGACAAGGACCCUGCAGAGACAGAAAUGGGAAUAAGUCGUGCUAUAGAGUUAGCCACUAGGGCAAGUAAAUGGGCACAGACAUACCUUGGAACUCCACUUAGCAAGCUACCUUUAGAUCCCUCUACUGUCAGUGAAGUUUUAAGACUUCAUUUGCUAUCAUCUGGAAGUACAGCCGGCAGCCGAUGUGUGGCGUGGCGUUAUCACCAACGCGGCGGUUACAGCUCCACCGACGACCCGGGCUUGCGUUUGCGCAUACAGCGGCCACGCCUACUUACACGCCUUACGGAGAAACACGUCGCUGAUUUACCAUUGGACGACAAAUUCGCGAUCCUACAGUGUCUAAUGAACCAGGUGUUGAGUUAUGCAACAGUUAGAGAUAUGGUGGAAGACAAGUUAGAGGAGUAUAAAAACCUCAAACAGGCUUAUCGGAUGCUACAGAUCAACGAACGUAAACGUGAGCCACAAUUGGCCACUGCUCGCAUGGAUUUACGGCGUGAAGCAGCGGCUAAGAAAGAACAAGAAAAGCUCUCUGGUGAAAAAGCGAGACAAGUCGACGAAGAAAUGAAAAAGGAAAUAGAGAAGAUAACAAAAGAGAGUGAGAAUAAAAAAGCUGAAUAUGAGAAGAAGUCGAAAGAAUUGCAAAUUCAACUGUUCGAGUUCACUCAUUAUUUGGGAACUGAUCGUGCCUUCCACCGAUACUGGGUAUCGCGGCGUGUUCCCGGUUUGUUUGUGGAGGCCGGCAAUGAGUGGCGAGGCACGUGUCGACAUAAACCUGUGCCUUUUCCUCAUCGAUCGCACAGUGAUUCCGGGGAUUUGGUCGCUUAUAUCACAGAGCUGUACCAUUCCGGUGCUAGAGAGAGAGAGGGCAGUGACAAAGAGAAUGAUUCAGGCUCCAACUCUCGCGGAAAUUCCCCUAAGAAGCCUUUACACGUUAAUGGAAUGAAUAAAAUGCUAUCUCCAGACAGUAUUCAACAGAUGAGAGAGCUCAUGGUCUGCACAGCUGAUCCAAACACGUGUUACGUACAUGGCAAGAGCGAACGACCUCAGUGGUGGGUUUAUACAAACGAAGCUCAAAUAGACGCCCUUAUAUCGUCUCUCAACAAACGAGGUAUUCGUGAAGCCGACUUGAAACAUACGCUGGAGUUAGAACGUACUUCGCUGGUCGAACACUUGCAUAAGUGUCCUUUCGCGAUCAAUGGCACCACACGUUCUCAGGUUUCUUUAAAUCCGCCAUCUACGCGUCGGCGUGCAAUCAGGCCUUCAUUAGUAAUUCCUCCUGAUUGCACACUGGAAGAUGCAUUAGAGCUGGCUCUAAGAGAUCAUAUUCUGGAGCUUGAGGAGAAAAUACACCACGGAUGUCUUGGUGCUCUCAAAGUUAAGGAUCGUGAAGCUUGGCGCGGCACAAUCAUGGUUAAAAGUUACGACAAGCAAGCCGAUUAUCUCUGCUGGGGACCCAAUAAAGUUUUUCGUGACGAUACACAUUUACCAGAUGGCAGACUUCGAAUACCAAACGGUAUGGGUACAGACGAUAAAGCAGAUGUGAAAGAAAUACCUGAAAAUAAAUACCGCGAUCCCGUUUAUUAUUUAGAAGCACCGAAACAGAACGGCAUUAAAAUUGAACCCGAAGAAAACGUAGACACAAAGACGACCGACGUGAGAAGUCUUGCGAGCGCUCUGCUGCAGGUGUCGCAAGGGAUACAUCACAAAUAUAUAAAGAGACCGCUAGGAUUGGACGACAAAGAGCGUAAAGACCGCGAAGCGAGAAACAAGCCAUGCGAUCUUGAAGCGCUAGAGAGAUGGGAAGUAUCUCUGAUGGAGUCUCGUAGUAUCGCAGCGUUAACCCUACAUCUGUUCGUGCUGGACGCGAGCGUAUGCUGGGGAGCAAGCGUUCUCCACGCUAGCUGCAAGCUUUGCCGCAGACGUACAGACCCAGAUAACAUGCUACUGUGUGAUGGCUGCAAUAAGGGACACCAUCUUUACUGCCUUAAACCCCAACUUACGAAAGUACCUGAUGGCGACUGGUUCUGUGAUCAAUGUAAACCGAAAGAGAAAACUCCAAGAAAAAGAAGGAAGCUGUAUAGAGAAGAAAGCAUUGAAGACGAGGAGGUGGAAGAUAGUGACGCAGACUUAUCCCUCGGAGUAUGCGCGUCUUGUGGAAGCGGCGGUGUACUAGCUGCUACAUGUGUAAACUGCUCAGGCCGAUACCAUAUGGAGUGUGCCCGGCCACCUGUCGCAAGAGCAGCACGUCGAUGGACCUGCGCCGAAUGCUUGGCCCCUCCACAAUCUAGGGACCCAGCGUUUCGACGUCGUUGCGCGACCGCCGCGAUGUCCUCCAUCCAGCAGUACGCGCGGAACUUGCACAAGCGAUCCUACUCCACGGACUCAGAAGAUAGUGAAUUUAAUACAGCUUUGGUGAAGUUGAAGGCGCGACGACCUCGAGGUAGUAAAGACCCUUCGCCAGUACCAAAUGGAAAAACUAGGAGAAGUCGAAAAUCAAAAGAAGAUUUCAAUAACAGUUUAAAUCUAAAACAAAAAACAUCGCUUACAAAUGGAGAUCAGGAGCGCAGUACUAAGAAGCGUAAAAGCAGAAAUGAAAGCAAACUUCAUAACGAAGAAUUCGAACAACUUUUAAAAGAUUCCCUCAAGCAUAAAGACAGCUGGCCCUUCUAUGAACCGGUUUCAACUGAAGAUGUUCCAGAUUAUCUAGAUGUAAUAACUACGCCCAUGGACCUGAAUACAGUGAAGAAUAAAUUGGAAAGUGGCCAGUACUCGAAAGAUGAAGAGGUGCUCUCUGACAUUGCGCUGGUAUUCCACAAUUGUUACACCUAUAACCAGGAAUCACAUCCUGUAGCCAAAGCUGGGUACCGAUUAGAGAAAUACAUUAUCAAACGGUGUCGGGAGCUUAAUCUUCCACCUUUACCUGAGAGCAAUCCCACUGACGACGAAGAUGAUGUCCCACUAAAGAGGAAUUUACCAGAAAGCGAUGAAGCUCCAUGGACGAAAAGAGCUAAGCUAGAGUGA